AUGACACUCCAAGAUAUCCUCGCUCCCAACUUGUGCCGCUACAAGGCGCAACUGGACGGAGAGUACGUCUCUACUCGAGUUGUUACGCACAAUGGCACUACAAUCGCCGUCGCCUUGGCCAAGGCAAAGAAUGGCGUUCUGUCAUUCAACUAUUCAAUCCUCGAUACUGCAGCUGGCAGUCAGAUGGACAAGGAGCAGGCGUCGAGCACAGCCGCGAUGGACGAAAAGCCUGACUCGAAGUGCUGGUUCGUUAACGUGAAGACACUGAAUUUUCCGUCAGAGGUCAGGGUUAUCGGUGAAGAGGCCGUUCCUGUCUACCAGAUCCCCGCAGUCGAUCGAAGCAACCGAAAGACUGUCCGAUCGCCGGCUCAUGGGCAGAAGCUUGACGAAUGGCUCUCCUCCUCCUUAUGCCUCAUUGACCAGAACGUUUUAGACUUCCAACUACUUUCCGACGGUCGUUAUGUGUACUUGUUCCGUCAGAGUGCACCGAUGGAGAAUGGGUUUCCGAACCAGUUCAUGAUAGAAGGAGACGCCGGAAGACCCCCAGUAGACCGCAACCUACUCUGUGACCGCUUCAUACUUGUUGGUUCAAGUCUCGAUCAGCCUUUGGAGGCUCGAUAUCAGCGUAGCCGACAGAAACAGAUCCCGCUGAACGACCAGGAUACCCUCAGUGUCAAGGACAUCAAUGACGAACCGUUCUAUGAACCAACAUAUUCACUGAGAUUCGUCCAGGACCUUGAACUCGGUCGCUUUUGCGUCCUCCGAGCCCCCACCAUGAUCAACAACGUGGCCAAGUGGAUGAUAUUCGCCUACUCCCACAAGACAGGAGAGGUGGAGUGCUUGACCACUGAUGUUUCGUCAAACGGUCUAUUUGAUCUCCAUGGCCAUGUUUACUACACUUGCAAAGUGAAGGAGCAUGGCAAGGUGUUUGCCAACGGCCCAGGGCCUUGUACGGCCACAAGAAAGGACGACGGGAGGAUAUGUGGCAAGGCGCGGGUCCCAAUCUUGCCCAAGACGCCCGCAUCAAAGCGUUCGGUGGAGCUGAGCGAUCAAAAUGGACUCGUUCUACAAAAUCAAGAUCAUCCGGAGAUAAUAGGCCUACUGGAGGGCUUCACACUCGAGGUCUGGGUCUGGGUGCAGCCGGAAGAUUCCAUAAAUGACACUGGAAACUUAGCAGAUGGAUCUGUCAAAGGAGGCUUCUCUCUUUUUCGCUUCUCCCAGAAUUGUCCCGGAGUGUUCAUUAACGACAAGUGUCAUGUGGAGAUUCGGAAACCUGGGGAGGAUGAUGCUCUCGUUGCGUCAGGUGCGGCUCUUGAAGCGAAAGUUUGGAGUCACGUCGCCAUCACCUACGAUCCAAACACUUUGAGUUACGCAAUCAUAAUCAACGGCGUGAUUUCUGGAUCUAUCACCAGUGAAUUACGCCCUGGAGCUCUAUUGGGUUUUGGACCGCAGUCAAAUGGAUCGUCAAGUUGCUUCAAAGGACUCUUCGACGAAAUGCGUUUAUGGCGUCGUCCGCUCCAUCCUUCGACCAUCAAGUCCAAGAUGCACUCCCGCGCCACAGGUCUCGAACUGGAUUUGAAGUCGUGCUGGCACUUUGACGAAGGUUCCGGCAUGACAGUCUUCGAUGCGACCAGCAACCAUCAUCUAACGAUUACUUCAACUGAAGGAAGAACGACAUCUCCAGACGUCUGGCAAACUUCCUCUGCGCCAAUGGUGGGAAGCCACGGCAUCGCGCGCAAGGUUCUACGCGUACCAUCUUCAGUGAAGACCACAGGCGGUCUCUGUGCCACAGUCUACAACGAGCAAGUCGCCGUAUCAGAGGAGAAGGCCAACACGAAUGAUGGAUCGAGCUCGACGCCAGAUGCUGGUGGCAAUGAUGAGCCCAAGAACAUGAAGCGUGGUGCCAGAGUGCUACUGGGCUUUGUUGUCAACGACAAAUCCCCUCCACGUUUGGCCAUCCUAGACUUCUGCUUACUUUCGGACGGUACACUUUGCGAUAUGCCCGCGUUGAUACCUUUGCCAACUCUGAGCAUGCCAUAUCCGACUUCUGGAGACACAUCGCCCCAUCAUGAUUCAUUGGAUGUGUCUACGGCGCUCCUAUACGUUGGGGGAGAGGGCUUAGAGAUCUUCGGAGGGAUCCUUCCACUGGAUACGGUCGAAUGUGAGCCCUCUGUGCCAUGCGCCUUUGAAUCUGGCACGGGAAGCGUGACAAUCUUCUUCAAGGGCAAAAGUCUUGAUAGAUGUUCAUUCUCGGCUCUCAAAUACAACAUAUCUCGCAAAGUUAUAGCCACUGAACUCUCGGCGUCAAUCCUUGGUGGUCACAGAGGCCUACUAUCGACGAGCAAGCUCCAGCAGGCUGUUAACGUAGUCUUUGAGACGAAACAAUGUCCAUGGGCAGUGGACGGCUUAGCUGUCGAUCUUACUCUGACAGCGAAUAUGCCCGACGGCAAUAAGAUAAUCGAGACAUGGGCAGGACUCCCAUCACAGAUCGACAAGUUUUGCAGCCUGAUCAACGGUUCAAAGCCAAAAGGUUGCAAAAUUGGUACGCUACUUGAGCUGAAUGACAUCACGAAAACCGGCUACGCAAGUUCCAAAAUACCGUCCGUGGCAAUCAGCCUUCAAGCAGGCUCUAAAUCCCCCGUUGAGGCAGGAACAUUUCUCAGCAUCGGUAGUCGAGGCUACUUUGUUCUGCAAGAUGCCAAGAUUGGAGACGAGGUUCUCGUGGCCAAUUUGUUCGUCGAUAAGAGACCGGAAGGGAAGCCGCCUAAGAAAGGCCUCUUUGUACUAUCUUCGACUUACGACCACGAAGAUUUAGUCAAAUGCGAGGGCAAGCCUACCGGAGAUUUUAGAAAAGGAUCUGGAAUCGUCAGUAUGGCUUGGUCCCCAGCUGCGGUGGCCAGUGGUCAAGCUGCCACAUCAUCAUCAGCAAAGCUUCAAGUAUCUGGUACUAGCUACAUCACGGGCAAUGGCCAGAGUCCAAGCUUUGGCUCUCCACCUCGCUCGACCUCUCUCCGACUCGACGGUAGAACGGCUUACUCAAUGCUUGAAGAUACGGUUGCCACAGCUGCUUGUGCUGGAAUAUGCUUCGAAACUUGGAUCAAGGCCGAAUCGAACUCGGAAGACACCAUCGUAGUUGCUUAUACAUCAGAGCGAUUGCCACGGGCCGAUGGGUUUUCCAAAGAAGAACAGAAGUUUAUCCUUGGCAUCACGCAGCCACCAGACGGCAACGACACAUAUCACAUAGUCGGCAGUAUCAACGACUCGCAGUUCAUGAUCAAAGACCCCUCGGUCCUGAAACCGGGUCAUUGGUCACAUUUGGCAUUUUCAUCCAGCAGCACAUUUGCAGUUCGAUUCUCGGGCAAUGGAUACAUCGACCUCGGUAAAACGGAGCAAUGGAAUGUCUCUGACUUCUCACUAGCUUUUAGCCUUCAGCUCAACGAGAAAGUUGACCACGAACAGCCCAUUCUUGUCAAAGGCGACAGCAGCUCGGCUCCUACGCCUCUGAAAAUUGAAAUCACGAAAGACGGAAACAUUCGCCUCUCUCACUGGGCCGCGGAUGACGGUGGGAGCAACGUGCGGCAACGAACAUUUGAAUCGAGAGCUGCCUUGCUUACGGGCCAGGCAUACAAGAUAUUUAUUUCUCGCAAGGCGGUCCAAGUUCCAGCGGACAACAACAUUCCGAAAACAUGCCAGGUGGUUACCAUGCGCGCGUGGCGUCUGAAUGGAGAGUGUGACAUUGAAUUUUCUCCAGAAACCGAGGAUAGAUUCGAGCAACUGUCAGAAUUGAUGGGGGAAAACUCUCCCCGUCAAAUCCAUGGCGCUGUGCAGGGAAACGAGGCAUCCCUCUGUCUCGGUGGUGCACGAUGGACCGAGACACAGGGACUACAAGGCAUCGUCGGAUCCGUACAACUAUACUCCUCGGCCAUCCAAACCCCUGCAUCUCCUUUGGAGCUGUGCAGGAAGGCGGCACAUGACGACAGUCUGAUAGGUUCAUGGUCCUGCCGCGAACCGGGAGGAUUCAGUCUUAUCGAUGAUCUCGGCCGUAACAACGGCAAGCUUCAAGGUGAUCUUGAUUGGGUUGUCGGUCCGUACAAGUCGGAUUAUACACUUUCAAUAUUUCUCAACGCCAUUCGAGUGAAUCACGGGCAGCCGGAUGUCUCCGGAAAGACCCUGCUCGACCAAGCGACUCCUGCAGGACCGCACCAACUGUCAGUUGGAAACAUCUUAGUGUCCAAUGAAGACGACGACGACUCUCGAUUCCUAGGCCUUGAACAAGGAUUCUGUGGCGAGCUAGAUGAGUUGCGCAUUUGGAACGUGCCUAGAACUAGCCAAGAAGUCUGCGACUCAAUGAAUACGUCUCUGACUGAGAUUUCGGGGGAUCUUGCUGUCUAUCUGCCAUUCCACGACGAGAAAGCGGACUUGGAUGCAUUGGAAAGGUCGCAUCAGAAUCUGACCUCUGUUCUCACCGACGCUUCAGUUAAUUGCUGGCACUUAACACCCCUUUCUGGAGCUGUCACAACCACAAGAGCGUCCGAGGCCCCGGUCGGCCAUGAUUCUCCGUGUGUUAACCAUACACUGGGUGCCAAAGUUCACCCACCUCAUGGAGCCGACAUUAGAGCUGGACCCUCAGUGGCUGAAUACGGCGAAAUGGAAAUCAGUUCCAGCGGAAACAUGGAAGGCAGUUAUAAGCGGGCAUACUCUUACAUCGAAGAAGGCGGAGACUGGUGCCUUGUAACGGGCUUCCGCAUCGGUGCGUUGAAGACUGAGUGGGUUAGUCAAGUCCAGACCUCGCCGACACUCAUCGGCUUCAUUGAGGGCGCACCGCCACUGCCCAUCGAAAGCUUUACCGACAGAGACAGGCCGCCGACGACAUCCGUGAAAUUCGAAAACAACACUCGCUGCACGUACACGUACAGUGCCCGCUCCGAGAGUACUAUAAGCGCCGAGCUGUCUUGGUCGAAGGGCGCUGGAAUCAAGUGGGACGUCGAGGCUGGCGUGGCCGUCCAGACCGAGAUAAGCGAAGGCAAAACCAGGGGCUCAGUGAGGCGCGGAAUUGAUACCUCAUGUGGCAAAGUCAACAACGAAGUCCAUACGUCGACGACAAACAGCAAUUUGGAGAUGGCGGUUCAACUUACAAGCAUCUGGAAGGAAAGCACCAGCGAUGACAAUGACUCGAAGAGUGAGGGAUUUGAACCUGUCAACACGGGUCUUGCGCUUGUCGAGAGUGAGGUUGCCGAUGUUUUUGCGCUUCGACUCCAGAUGCGUGGGUCAAUCGCACCCGUUGUUGCUUAUCAGCUCCGACCCAACCCGGAUAUUCCCAAGGACCGCAACUUGAUAUCUUUUAAUAUCAACCCGAAAUACACCAAACAGGGCUGCCUCGAUGGUCGACACGGGUUGAAGAAUGAUCCGGACUAUCCUGCUAUGGCAUCAGCCCCGAAAGAUGCGUCGUACUAUAAGCCAGUUGAGGCCUACGCACUUCGCGAGCGCAUUAGACGCGCGGAGGAGCAACUCCAGGGAGAAUAUGAUCGGCGAUCGGUUGCCCCUGUGAAUUACCUUACAGACCUUCCACAGCGUACGCAUCGAAACAUCUGCAACGCGUACGUCUGGACGGCCGACGGAGGUACGUUCCAGGAGACACGUUCGACUCUUGACAUGGUCCAGUCGGAGAUAGGAGGCAAUCUGGACUACAGGAAUAGCGUAGGUGCUUCAGUUGAGACAGAAGUAUCGAUCGGUAGCUUGCUUACCACCGGUACUGUCGAUGCUAUGGCUAGCGCUCAUUUCAAUUUUGUGAUCACAAAGGAGAAGGCAUCGGAAGAAGGCUUCGAAUUGGUCACUGAGUUGCCCCCACCAGUCGACCUUAGGUGUCAAGAUCCGGACACGGGCGAAUAUAUCAAAAGGGCUGGUGCCGUUGAUGCGUAUAGGUGGAUGAGCUUCUGGCUUGAGCCAAGCGUGGAGGCAACGGAUACUUUCUUCGAGCACGUUCUCAAUCACGCCUGGCUUGAGCAGUCACCGGAGCCCAAUGCCCAACUGUUGCGGACUCUGCGCGAGGGCCUGAAGAAUGAAACUGGCAACGCGCGAACGAAGGCCUGGCGCGUCCUGCAUCGCUGCACAUAUGUCAGCCGCAUACCCGAGAAGAUUGAGCCCCGCCCAAGGGCCGCGAUGGCUCUCAAGGAACAAAAGCCAUCGACGCUUUUGGCAGACAUUGGAUGCAAUUGGCUUUUGAUCCAGAAGUUGGAGCCAUUUGCCCGCGAUGCUGUUUCGCGGGGAAAUCUCGCGACCACUUUGAAGCCUCACGUUCUGAGGUUCUUCCCGACCCUGAUCGCCCAGAGUCGUUUGUACAACCAGGUGCUGGACAUGUUGGCAGAUUAUGUUGGACUGUCUUGA